AAUCCAUUGCAUGUGUAUUGUAUUGUGAUAGUGAAUAUUUUGUGAACCAUAUUGCUACAUUUUCGUAGAUUGGAUCUACGGUUCCAAUCAAAUUUAGUUAUAUUAUAUUCGUAUUUUACAUUUCAUGGAAUUUAAUUGUGAAUGAAGUGUUUUGUUAACUUUAUUAUACCUGUUUAUCACUCAUAUUGACGGAUAUCCUAGUGCGUUUUGCAACAGCCGCAGUGGCGGUAAAUUCAAUUGUUCGUUGUAAUUUAAACAUGUUAGUUCUUAUAAGAGUACAUUAAGCAAUGGGAAGCUCAGAGGAAAACGUCACAACUACUGAAAAUAAAAGUGAAAUAGAAAAAAGUGAAGGAGAUGUUAACUCAUCGGAAAAUAAUAUCUCCGAUACUUCAGGAGUAUCUGCAGAAGAUACAUCGCUUAAUCAGAGUAAUGAUGUCAUUUCGUCUAAGGACGAUGUCGCCGGCGGCGUAGGUGCGAAAAAGACUAAAAAGAAAUUUCGUCACGGAAAAAAGAAUCAUGUCGUAUCCAAAGAUAAUCCCGAGCGAGCCACCAUACGGCGGGUCCAUCACACAGGCACAAAAUUCAAGCAGUCGAAGAAAAGGGCUCAAAGUUUUCCAUCAAUAUCAAAAUUUUUUCUACCUUACAAAAGACCGCGCAAAGAUACAUUUAUACCUCCCACAAAGUUUCUUCUAGGUGGCAAUAUAUCUGAUCCGUUAAAUCUUAACAGUCUAAAAGACGAGAACGUAAACAGAGCUAUGAAUGCUGUGACUCCGCAAUCCUCACCUCUGCCCACUCCUCCUCGGCAUAAAGCUAAAAUAGAUGUUAUCAUUCCACCAAAUAUAAGGGACCCAUUGAAUCUCAUGGAGCCCCUGGAUAACGAGGAGUACGAGAAAAGGUUGGAGAUGCAGCAGAGAAAGCCAAGGAAGAAGCCUCGAGUCAGACGUCGCACAACAGAAACAGUAACCAACCCCCCGGUUGUUGAGGUUGUGGUCCAGAAAGAUGAGGGCAUCAAGGAGCCGCCCCCACCUGAGCCAUCCACUUCCAAGGAAACAAAACGGAAGAGAUCUUGCAGUGAAAGUGAAAAUUCACAAAAGGGCAAGGAUGGCAAGAAAUUAAGGAGAAUGGACUCUUUGGACAAGAUUGUUAGCCCUGUAGUUCCUCAGCCUGGGGCAUGGAUGAGAGCGCGGCCUCAGCCUCGUGCCGGACCUCAGGAGCGUCCAGCUUCCCCUCACCGGACUAGACAGAAAAGUAUUUCCGAGGAAAUACAGAAGCUGCCAACAUUUCAUCCCAAGAACUCAAGAUAUCAAUAUGGAAAUUAUGACAGGUAUUAUGGUUACCGUAACUUAAAUGCGAUGAUGGAUAUAAGGCUGCAAGUUUUUGAAAUGCAUCGUCACCUAUUUCAAAACAAAGACGUCUUAGACAUUGGUUGUAAUGUCGGCCACAUCUCAAUCGCUGUAGCAAGAACACUUGGUGCUAAAUCAGUUGUUGGCAUUGACAUAGACCCCGCCCUGGUUGGAAGGGCAAGAAAAAAUCUUCAGUCAUUUGUGCCAGUACCUUCAGAAGAUGCCAAGACAGAAGAUGACAAAAAGUUAUCUGGUGAUAAAAGGGAAUGUGAUAAGUGUGAUAAAGCUUGUGAUGAGUCCAAGUGUCAGGAUUUUCACAUGGACAAACAGGACAAAGACGAGGAUGCAAAGAAACUGUUACCCGGUAGAAGGCUGAAGAAGCCGAGGAAAAAUAGGAAAUCUAUAAAUAGGCCUGACCAAGGACAGUAUUUUUUCCCGAUGUCAAUGUCCAUGAUGUUUGGUCCACUGGGAAGCCAGCCCGCUGAUAUGUCCACACCAGUAUUUCCAUAUAAUGUAAUGUUUAAACAGGGAAACUAUGUGCCUCGUGAGGAAGUGGCGGUGGGAUCGGGCAUGGAGAGUCCGCAGUUCGACCUCAUACUGUGUCUGUCGACGACCAAGUGGCUGCACCUGAACUGGGGGGACGUGGGGCUGAAGCGCGCCUUCCGGAGGAUGUUCGCCGACCUCCGCCCCGGGGGGAAACUGGUGCUCGAGGCGCAGAACUGGGCCAGCUAUAAGAAGAAAAAGCGUUUAACGCCGACAAUAUACGAGAACUUCAACUCGAUCGAGCUGUUCCCCAACAAGUUCCGGGAGUACCUACUCUCGCCCGAGGUCGGAUUCAGCAAGUGCCUAGUGCUGGGCGUCCCGCAGCACGCCAGCAAGGGCUUCCGGCGGCCCAUCCAGCUGUACGUGAAGGGGGAUUUCACGCCGAGCAAGGCGCGGUGGUCGGACGCGUACGCCCCCUCCUCUCACCACAAGCCGGAGGCGGAGCCGCCGAGGCGCACGGUGUACGCACCCGUGGAGCCGGCGUACCGGCCGAGCGACGACGCCCCCUCGUGCGGCGCGGUCACGCCCUACUCGCCCAACCUGGACUCGUGCGCGGACGACUCGCCGUUCUACAACCCGCGCAGCGACUCGUACGCGCCAUCGUACCAGCCGCCGCGGCCGACGGUGUACGCCACGCUGCCGUCGCCGCUGGGCAGCGCCUCCCCCGCCGCCUCGCCCGCACACCCCGCCCAUCCCGCGUCCCCCGCGCACCCCGCACUCCCCGCGCACGUCGCGCCCGACACCGCGCGCCUCUACCCCGCCCCGCCCGCCCCGCCCGCGCCGCUCGACGACUGAACGAUCCGCCUUCGUGUAAAUACUUGUGGAGUUCCCAUAGAUUAUGUUUAAGUUGAAAUGUUUUAUAAUAUUAUAUUCCAAACGUAUUAA